AACAGGUCUACAUAGUUAACAUUGUUCUCGCUUUGUUGUACCUGCUGCUGGGUGUAGCGUUCAGUUGGAGUAUUAAACCUGGCGCUGGUCGCUGUUAACACAGACAAGCUAGCAAAGCUGUCCCGAUUUGUUAAUUAGCCCAAACCAAUUAGUAUCGUUUUGAGAAGCGUUACAUCGCUUUAAAAAUGCUGUAACGGUAAACAUACGUAGGAUACGUUAGGGUUAUGUGAGACGAACAUCUGGCUAAUAUGUCACUAAUGAAAGCAUGCAUGAUGUGUUGUGUUAAAGCAGCUGAGCAACAUAAUCCCUCCAUGAAUGACAAUGAGCCGCCAGUGUGAUGACUCCACAGAUAUUUCCUGUGUAUUGUGGUACCAAAUUCUCCCUUUAACGUUGAUGCAUUCUGUUUUAUGCAAGUGUGUUCAAAGGUUCAAAGCAUUGUGAAUGAAAAUGCUUGUUACAUCUGUCCAAACAGCAAUGAUGCUGAAAGGUUCAGUGAAAAAGACUGAUCUCAGCUAUGUGACAGCUUCUAGGUUUCAUUUCUACCCUCCCAUCUGGCAUGGAAAACUCCUCUGAGGAAUAUAGGAUCCAGUCAUUUGACAUGGACACACAGAUAUUACUGAAAACAGCCUUGAAAGAUCCAAGCUCAGUAAACCUGGAGAAGGUUUCUGACAUCAUUGUGGAUCAGUCAUUAAAGGAUCAGGUAUUCAGCAAAGAGGCUGGGCGUAUUUGCUACACAAUUGUACAGGCUGAGGCCAAGCAAAGCAAUGGAAACGUAUUCAGGAGGAAUCUGCUGAACCGGCUGCAGCAGGAGUUCAAAGACCGUGAGGACAUGAGGAGACGUUCGCUGCAGGAGUGGGUGUGCUACGUCACGUUCAUCUGUAACAUCUUUGACUACCUUAAGGUGAAUAACAUGCCGAUGGUGGCCCUGGUUCAUCCUGUGUACGACUGUCUGCUGAGGAUGGCCCAGCCAGAUGCUUUAAUGAAUGAAGAAGAGGUGGACUCCCUGGUACUGCAGCUGCAUCGCAUUGGAGAGCAGCUGGAGAAGGUGAACGGCCAGCGGAUGGACGAGCUGUUUUUUCUGCUGCGGGACGGCUUCCUUCUUCAGGAAGGCCUUACCUCUAUGGCCCGUCUGCUGCUGCUGGAGAUCCUGGAGUUCAGGGCCGGAGGAUGGGUACUCAGCAGCACUGCCCACAAGUACUACUACAGUGAAAUAGCUGACUGAGGUCGGUGCAGAGCAUCAGACCCUUAAAGAACCUUGGGCUUCUGUCCUUCAUCAACACUAAUUAUGAAACCAGCAGCUUCACGAUAGAAAGCAAGAUCUUCCUGGUUAAAGUUUGAGGAGUUGGCUGUUAGUGAACUGUAAAGAGACUUUGGUUUUGGCUGGAUAUUUCCUGGCGUUGACAUUAUGACUGAGAUGUGGAAUGUGCAAUAGUUCAUGAAACUUUCUAUUUCAGUGAAUAAGAUUUAGUUACAUUCAGAGAUGCUUUGUUUAAAAGAGUUCUUGUUAAAUUUGAAUUCAGAGAAGCUUAACAUGUUCCUAUUUUUACUUUUUUUUUUUCUUCCUUGCAUUCCUGUUUGGUAGGAACAUCCAUGCUUAAGUUUACCAAAUUUUAAGAGACAUUCCAGUAUGAUGCAAUCCAAUUUGCUCUUUGUUUUCUCUCUUUAAUGGUGUUCAUCAGAUUUGUUUUAAAAACUGAUUUAGAUGUUCUGGUGUAGAACUAAAACCAUAUGAAAGGUUUGAAUUUUAGUUCUGAGAUGGUUUAACUAUACGAUUCCAAUUAAUGUUUUGUUACAUGAAGCUGGUCAUCUCUCAAUUCAGGGAUUUUUUUUUAACUCAAUUGAAUAAUUUUUUUAUGGAUGCAGAGUUUAAAUACAUUUCUGGAUCUGCAAUUUUUAUGAAUGAAGUUGGCAUAACACAAGCAACAUUAUGCAGUACUGAUGACUCCAAAAGGUUGAUGCUGGUAAUUCAUCGUCAGUGUGCUUUACGUCUUUACAGGUUGGUUGAACUAGUGGGAAGUAUUUUUGCAUAUGAACACAGAUAUCAGCAGAUGCAACACUCGCUGAAUUCAUCCGAUAUUCAGACAGCUUUAAAGUCUUCAACCAAAGCUGUGCCUUAGAUUCACUCAGACACGAACAUAGGUGCAAUAUCAACGGUGUUACAUCUUCAGAAAUUGUAUUUUUACUGAAUUUACCAGCUAUGUGUUAAUAACUGCAGCUGGUCAGGAGUCUGCUUUAAUAUUGCUGGAAGAUUUUACUUUUGUUACCACUGAAACCAAAUUCAAAACAGUGCGACUGCAAAAUGGGGUCAUUUGUUUGGAAAGAUUCAAAGACUCAAUCCAAUUAGAAAUGACCAAGUCAUAAAGUUGAGAAAUUGCAGUUUAAUUCAUUUGAAGUUCCUUAAUGUCAGAUGACUGCAGUUUAUGUACCAUUUUGUAAUUAAAACAUUACAGUACUUUUCCAUUUUUCUAUGGUUAAGUUGUUUAUUGAAUGUAUUUGUUGAAAUCAUCUUUGUCCUUAACUGAGUUUAUUGAACUUGUGUUAAUAGCAAAUACAAGUUAGCACAGUUGUUACAUUUGUGCAUAAUACAAAAAGACAAAAGCCACACUCUGGUCUCAUAUUUUACUCAUCAUACAGUCCUUUCACAGAGUUUCAUAUUUACAACAGCUCUUUGAGCCCUCUUCUUGCCCAGCGUACCCAUUCAUCUGCAGACACAUGUAAGUCCUGAGAGGCCUGCGUCUACCACCAGCGGUAGUGGGCGUAGGCUCUGUUGGCUUCAGCCAUCUUGUGCAGCUCGUGCU